CAGCAGCUUUGCAUCCCUCCUGUACAUUCCUCUCACCUCUCUCUCCUGCCUGGCAGGUGACACCCUCAUAGUGGAAGAAGACACAGCCAAGCCCACGCCUGACUCUCCCGUGGUUGCCAAAAAGACCAUGUCCCACUCGCUGAGGGAAGCUGUGCCGGUGCUGGCCAGGAGGGUCGUUCCAGCAGACAAUUCCUGCCUGUUCACCAGCGUGUCCUACGUGGUGGAGGGAGGAGUGUACGACCCAGGCUGUGCCCCCGAGAUGCGAAACCUCAUCGCCCACAUAGUAGCGAGCGACCCCGAAUCCUACUGCGAGGCAGUGCUGGGCAAAACCAACAGGGAAUACUGUGACUGGAUCAGGAGAGAGGAGACUUGGGGAGGAGCCAUCGAAGUGUCUAUCCUGUCCAAGUUCUACCAGUGUGAGAUCUGCGUGGUGGACACGCAGACCGUGCGCAUCGAUCGCUUCGGCGAAGACGCCGGAUACACCAAGCGCGUCCUGCUGAUCUACGAUGGGAUCCACUACGACCCUCUGGAGCGCAGGAUCCCGGACUCAGACAUUCCCCCCCAGACCAUUUUCCCCACGACGGAUGAUGUCGUGCUGGCACAGGCUCUGGAGCUGGCGGAUGAGGCCAGGAGGAAGAGGCAGUUCACGGAUGUGAAUCACUUCACGUUGAGGUGUAUGGUGUGCCAGAAGGGACUGACCGGGCAGCUGGAAGCUAGGGAACAUGCCAAGGAGACUGGACACACCAACUUUGGGGAGGUGUGA